GGCCGGGGCUUGGAGGCGAGCCUCUGACGUCUUUCGAGCUGGGCCCGAAUGAUAAGUGCGUGUGUUGGCGAUAAGGAUGCGCUCGCAGGUGGAGCUGCGCGGUUGGGUUGGAAGCCCGGCGAAGAGUCCGGGGUCGCCUAGGCGAGGGGGCGAGGCUGCUCUGAUGCACCCUGUGCUGAAAGCCUUUGUUUGUGGUUCUAUCAGCGGGACCUGCUCCACCUUGCUAUUCCAGCCUCUAGACCUGCUUAAAACCCGGUUACAGACCCUGCAACCAACUGUCAAUGGGUCAGGUCACAUUGGGAUGGUCACUCUGCUCUUUAAGGUUGUUCGCACGGAAAGCUUACUGGGGCUGUGGAAAGGUGUUUCUCCUUCAUUUGCAAGAUGCAUUCCAGGAGUGGGGAUCUACUUUAGCACUUUAUAUAUGAUAAAGCAGCAGUUUCUGCUGGAUCGUUCCCCUACAGCUUUGGAAUCGGUUCUGCUGGGUGCCACCUCACGUAGUGUUGCUGUCAUUUGCAUGUUGCCUGUCACUGUAGUGAAAACACGAUACGAGAGUGGAAGGUAUGGCUAUGAGAGCGUGCAUGGAGCCCUGAGAAAUAUCUACCGAUCAGAAGGGGUCCACGGCUUGUUCAGUGGCCUGACGGCAACACUCCUGCGAGAUGCACCCUUCUCUGGCAUCUAUCUGAUGUUCUACUUGCAGACCAAGAAGAUCAUACCUUAUGACCACUUGGAUCCUGCACUCACACCUUUAGUGAACUUUGGCUGUGGAACCUUUGCUGGCAUUCUGGCAUCACUGGCUACACAGCCUGCUGAUGUCAUCAAAACCCAUAUGCAGCUGUCAUCUGAAAAACACCACCGGACAGGAGAAGUAAUUUCCUUAAUUUUCAGGGAUUACGGGUUGGCUGGUUUCUUCCGUGGUGCUGUCCCAAGAGCUUUGCGGCGCACACUAAUGGCAGCAAUGGCAUGGACCGUGUAUGAACAGAUGAUGUCAAAAAUGGGCUUGAAAUCUUGAAUGACCUGUACUUUUGUUCUUCCGCUGCUCACUGUGAUCUGAUGGUGAGAUGGGAACUCCAAACAACUUGUGCUCGUUGUGGGGAAACACUGCAGAGUUAAAAGGCCAAGAAAGCUUCUCUCAUAGAAAUGGGAGUGGAGGGAAACACUGCUUUGGUGAAAGCAUUCCAGGGAGCCUUGUGUCAUACCUGGGGUGUGAGAAGAGUGUUAGACUUUGAUGUUGUGCGUGAGCUACACUCGGCUUCAGGAAAGUUCUUUUCAGCCGUUUAGGCUGAGAAUCUUUGGAAAAGAACAUGCUGAAGACUCUUGGGAGAGAGAUGGUUGCAGCAGGGACUUCUAGACCUAAAAUGUUGUUACUGUUCUUGGCAGCAGGUCCGGUCUCCUAGAUUCUCUCUCCCUCUAUUCAGCAUGUGAAAAAUGUAUCUCACGUUUUGACAAAUGUAUGUAAAGGGCGGGGUGGGGGCGGUAUUUUUGCAAGGUUUACAAUGAAUCCAUCUCUUUUCUCAGGUGUAAUUCCUGUUCUGUUGAGAGUUAAUGAACACUUGCUGAAAGCAGCUGUGGGAAACAAUGACUUUACCAUUCCUUAAAGGAUAGAUUUACAGUAUAAUCCUAAAUGGAGUUACAUCCAUCUAAACUCAUUGCCCUGAAGGGAUUUAAAAGGGUAUAAGUCUGCUGAGGAUUGUCUUGUUGGUUAUCUGAACAAUGUAGUCUUUAAGUUUCAUUUACGUGUCCUCUGCUUCUGUUUCAACCAAUGAACACCACUUGACCCACUUCAAGUAUUCUGAUUAAGUAGUCCUAAACUUAAAAGAUUACUUUGGCCAGUUCUCUGUGUGCAUAAAGCACAAAGGCAAAAAUAGAGCUAUUCAGGAAAAGUCUUUUAAGAGUCACACGCUAGCACUAAUCUCUUUAAGCAAAAGCACUGUAAUGUCACUUAUGAAAUUACACUUCCUGAACGCUGCUGCCCUAGUCUUGCUAGUAUUUGGCUUUCCCCUAGUGGCGUACUGCCCAGCUGUGUUACUGUACACUCCGGUUCAAGAUUAGUCGUGGUGUCUCUGCUUCCGUGUUAGUUAGCUUUUCCACCCGCACUCUUUUCUGAAAAUUGUUAUUCUGAAAGUUAAGUGAAGGCAAAAGCUCCCUCUGAAAUGUUUGCAUUGAAAUCUGCAGCCUUGUGUGCAGAAACUCUAUAUGUUAAAAGGCUUCAUUGUCAUCUUCAAAGUUUUGAAUCCUGGAACCCUAGCUGGAAAACAUCCAUUUCUCUUUGGAUUUGGGUGAAACUCCGUUUCACAUGUGAGCACUUUGAAAAACUGUCUUUGGCCACUUAAUUUUAUAAAGUGAAUGUGUUUAAUUCUUUACUAAAAACACUGAAUUUUCAUUUUUUUUAAAAAAACCUAGCAAACAUUUCCCUGUGACUUUAUUUUCCUGUAAGUUUGGCCCCAUUUUCUCUUGAUUGGUGGUUCCUCUACAUCUGGAAAGAAAGCUUGAUCAUCUUGGACAUAAUACCAUAGUGUUGAUAAUACUACUUUAGAAUUAAAACAGUUUAAUGUGACGUGUUUAUUUGAAAGAGGCAUGUCACCUGCUGAGCUGGGCAGCCUUGUAAAUCAUUGAAGCCUGUCUUUUGAGGGCUAGCCUAGCCUUUGCAAAUGUAUGCGUGCAGAUCAAACCCUUAAGGCUCAUGGACAUAUUUGGGAUUUCUUUUUACAGCAAUGCAUUUAUCAUUGCCGUAAAAAUAAUGAUAAUUUAUCAUUAUCAUUCAUGAAUUUCAAGUCCAUGUGGAAUUUCUGACAUCAUACAGGUGCUACUCAACUCUUCAUGGGUUGCAGAGAUAUAUUUAUUAAAUAUUUGUAUGCUCACUUCUCCCAAAAGAGUGGGGGUGAGAGACUGCUUCAGUCAAGCAACUGCUGUGAGCUGGGACACUUCUUUUUACUUGUCGAUCUCUUGCUUCAAGAUGCAUGUUUUCUGAGUAUCUCUACUGAACUGCUUCCUAGAAUCUUAGUUAUUGCACAUUUGAUUUCAGUCUCUAUGCCAAAAGCAAGGACAGUUUUGCACAGAUUGGGCACUCAAAUUUGUGUAACAUAAUCAGUACUGAAGGUUUCCACUUGAAGGUGAUAUCUCACAAUAGCUUGUUGAUACCCACAUUCGAGGCAGAUUUAUAUAUUCAUUAUUAAAUUAUCCCUCCUAAUUGAAUUUCCCUACUCAUGAUUUCUAAAUUAAGUGUGUUGACUUCCAGUAUUAAUAUUAUUUUGAUAGGCAGAACUGUAACUGUUUAGUUGGAGUUCAUUAAAUUGCACUUACAACCUGCUGGUAGUACGAACAAAAGGUCAUGACUUUAUCCUGUUGAAUGUGACUUCUUUUUCUGUGUGAGAGUUGAAUAAAUAUACUUGCCCUUAGCAA